GAGACGAUAGAGGAAUAUAGAAAAAAUGUUGAGCGAUCUACGGAGAAAUGGGUUUUAACUAAGAUUAGUAAAUCAGAGAAACUGUAUCUCCUCCAUGGAUGCAAGGGGCCAAGGAAGGGAAAGGCCCCGGUGCCUGUAGCUCUGAGAAUGCGAAAUUACCUUGACGUGACGAUGCCAAACCACCGAGACGCGCUUGUCUCGAUUGUACUGUCGACGCACAGGUUAGCGGUGGAGCGCCUAAGAAUCAAG